AUGGAUUACGUUUUGAUUUUAUUGCCACUCGUACUGUUUCUAAUAGCUUACAAAUUCUUAUUCUCAUCCAAAACGAAUCUCCCACCAGGACCAACUCCGUUUCCAAUCGUCGGCAAUCUCCACCUCAUAAAACCGCCGGUCCACCGUCUCUUCCGCCGCUUCGCAGACAAAUACGGCGAAAUCUUCUCCCUCCGCUACGGCUCUCGCCAAGUCGUCGUGAUCUCUUCUCUGCCUCUCGUCAAAGAAUGCUUCACCGGUCAGAACGACAUCAUUUUGACAAACAGACCGCAUUUUCUAACCGCUCAAUACGUCGCCUACGAUUACACCACGAUUGGAACCGCACCUUACGGCGAGCAUUGGCGUAAUCUCCGCCGUAUUUGCUCUUUAGAGAUCCUAUCCUCUAACCGUCUCACCGGUUUCCUCUCCGUCCGUAGAGACGAGAUCCUACGGCUGCUCACGAGACUCUCACGUGACUAUAGCGGCCGUGUCGUUGAGCUUGAACCUCUUCUUGCCGAUUUGACAUUCAAUAAUAUUGUCCGUAUGGUCACAGGAAAACGCUACUACGGAGACGAGAUUCACAACAAGGAAGAAGCGGAUCUGUUCAAGAAACUAGUGACAGAGAUCAACGACAACAGUGGUGCGAGCCAUCCGGGAGAUUAUCUACCGAUUCUGAAAAUGUUCGGACACGGCUACGAGAAGAAAGUGAAAGCACUUGGCGAAGCCAUGGACGGUUUCUUGCAGAAACUGCUCGACGAAUGUCGAAGAGAUGGAGAGAGCAACACAAUGCUUAGUCAUUUGUUGUCUUUACAACAAGACCAACCCAAGUAUUACAGCGACGUCAUCAUCAAAGGUCUCAUGCUCAGUAUGAUGCUUGCGGGGACGGAUACUUCAGCCGUGACGUUAGAAUGGGCGAUGGCAAGUUUGUUGAAAAACCCUGAAGUAUUGAAGAAGGCUAAAGCCGAGAUAGACGAGAAGAUCGGAGAAGAGCGGCUGAUCGACGAGCCGGACAUUGUGAACCUCCCUUACCUACAAAACGUUGUUUCCGAGACCUUUAGGUUGUGUCCGGCCGCACCGCUCCUCGUCCCGCGUUCUCCUUCAGAAGAUAUCAAGAUCGGAGGAUACGACAUACCACGUGGCACGAUCGUACUAGUGAACUCUUGGUCAAUCCAUAGAGACCCGAAGUUAUGGGAUGAGCCCGAGAGGUUCAUGCCAGAGCGGUUCGAAGACCAAGAAGCCGCGAAUGUUAACAAGCUGAUGGUGUUUGGGAACGGACGAAGGACGUGUCCCGGUGCGGCUUUGGGACAGAGGAUGGUUUCGUUGGCUUUAGGUUCGUUGAUUCAAUGCUUUGACUGGGAAAUAGUCAGCGGUGAGGAGAUUGAUAUGACUGAGAAUCCUGGAAUGGCUAUGCGCAAGCUCGUGCCAUUACGAGCCGUUUGUCAUCAGCGUCCCAUCAUGAAUAGUCUCUUGGCUUAA